CAGGGCACUACAAGGACCCUUGUCGUUUUAGCGGCGUUGGAAGAAGUUUUUCAUCGUGUCGAAAUCUGCAACAUCUUGAUCGCUACAUCGGUGCUGCGGAAGCCUUCUCCAUCCAAGCCUGAAGGUCCAGAGACAUCAGCCAUGUUUCUGUACAACCUGACCUUGCAGCGUGCGACCGGCAUCACUCACGCCAUCCAUGGCAAUUUCUCAGGUACCAAGCAGCAGGAAAUUGUCGUUUCCCGGGGGAAGAUUCUGGAACUGUUGCGUCCUGAUGGCAACACCGGCAAAGUUCACACGCUCCUCACCAUGGAGGUGUUCGGCAUCAUUCGCUCCCUCAUGGCCUUCAGACUCACCGGUGGGACGAAAGACUACGUGGUGGUUGGGAGUGACUCGGGUCGCAUCGUCAUCCUGGAAUACCAGCCGUCCAAGAACAUGUUUGAGAAGGUGCACCAGGAGACCUUCGGCAAGAGUGGCUGUCGUCGCAUCGUUCCUGGCCAGUUCCUGGCUGUGGACCCCAAAGGCAGAGCCGUCAUGAUAGGUGCAAUAGAGAAGCAGAAGUUGGUGUACAUCCUAAACAGGGACGCUGCAGCACGCCUGACCAUCUCCUCCCCUCUGGAGGCACACAAGGCCAACACCCUGGUCUACCACGUGGUGGGCGUGGACGUGGGCUUUGAGAACCCCAUGUUUGCCUGCCUCGAAAUGGACUAUGAGGAAGCUGAUAACGAUCCUACUGGUGAGGCGGCAGCCAACACGCAGCAGACCCUGACGUUCUAUGAGCUGGACCUGGGACUCAACCAUGUGGUGCGCAAGUACAGCGAGGCACUGGAGGAGCAUGGCAACUUCCUCAUCACAGUGCCGGGAGGCUCUGAUGGCCCUAGUGGAGUGCUGAUUUGCUCAGAGAAUUACAUCACUUACAAGAACUUUGGAGACCAGCCUGACAUCCGCUGUCCUAUCCCACGCAGGAGGAAUGACCUCGAUGACCCUGAGAGGGGCAUGAUCUUCGUCUGCUCUGCCACACACAAGACCAAGUCAAUGUUCUUCUUCCUGGCCCAGACAGAGCAAGGAGACAUUUUCAAGGUUACCCUGGAAACAGAUGAGGAGAUGGUCACGGAGAUCAGAAUGAAGUACUUUGACACGAUUCCCGUGGCCACAGCCAUGUGUGUUCUGAAGACCGGCUUCUUAUUUGUGUCCUCGGAGUUCGGAAACCAUUACCUGUAUCAGAUCGCGCACCUGGGAGACGACGACGACGAGCCAGAGUUCUCGUCUGCCAUGCCCCUGGAAGAAGGGGACACGUUUUUCUUCCAGCCGCGACCCCUCAAGAACCUGGUGCUGGUGGAUGAGCAGGAGAAUCUGUCCCCCAUCAUGUCCUGCCAGAUUGCUGAUUUGGCCAACGAGGACACUCCUCAGCUAUAUGUGUCGUGCGGGAGAGGGCCCAGAUCCACCCUGAGGGUUCUCAGACAUGGACUGGAGGUCUCAGAGAUGGCUGUGUCUGAGCUUCCUGGUAACCCCAAUGCCGUGUGGACAGUUAAGAGACACGUAGAAGAUGAGUUUGACGCCUACAUCAUUGUGUCAUUCGUCAACGCCACCCUGGUGCUGUCGAUCGGGGAGACUGUGGAAGAGGUGACGGAUUCUGGUUUCCUGGGUACCACUCCCACCCUGUCCUGCUCUCUGCUGGGCGAAGACGCGCUUGUGCAGGUCUAUCCGGACGGCAUCCGUCACAUCCGGGCGGAUAAGCGUGUGAAUGAGUGGAAGACCCCAGGAAAGAAGACCAUUGUGCGCUGUGCUGUUAACCAGCGACAGGUGGUCAUCGCCUUGACUGGGGGGGAGCUGGUCUACUUCGAGAUGGAUCCGUCUGGUCAGCUGAACGAGUACACGGAAAGAAAAGAAAUGUCCGCAGAUGUGGUGUGCAUGAGCCUCGCCAACGUCCCGCCCGGCGAGCAGCGUUCCCGCUUCCUGGCCGUGGGCUUGGCAGAUAAUACCGUGCGGAUCAUCUCGCUCGACCCCUCGGACUGCCUGCAGCCGCUGAGCAUGCAGGCCUUGCCUGCGCAGCCCGAGUCCCUGUGCAUCGUGGAGAUGGGUGGUGUGGAGAAGCAGGAGGAGUUGGGAGAGAAGGGCACCAUCGGCUUCCUGUACCUCAACAUCGGCCUGCAGAACGGCGUGUUGCUGCGCACUGUGCUGGACCCGGUGACCGGAGACCUGUCGGACACCCGCACCCGCUACCUGGGCUCUCGCCCAGUCAAGCUGUUCCGUGUGAGGAUGCAGGGUCAGGAGGCAGUGCUGGCCAUGUCGAGCCGCUCCUGGCUCAGUUACUCGUACCAGUCGCGUUUCCACCUGACGCCGCUCUCCUACGAGACGCUGGAGUACGCGUCCGGCUUUGCUUCCGAGCAGUGUCCUGAAGGCAUCGUGGCCAUCUCCACCAACACACUGAGGAUUCUGGCUCUGGAGAAGCUCGGUGCCGUCUUCAAUCAGGUGGCCUUCCCGCUGCAGUACACGCCACGCAAAUUUGUCAUUCACCCCGAGACCAACAGUCUGGUUCUCAUUGAGACGGACCACAAUGCCUACACGGAGGCCACCAAAGCCCAGCGCAAGCAGCAGAUGGCAGAGGAAAUGGUGGAGGCAGCAGGUGAAGAUGAGCGUGAACUGGCUGCAGAAAUGGCUGCUGCCUUCUUGAAUGAGAACCUUCCGGAGGCGAUCUUUGGUGCCCCCAAAGCCGGGUCAGGACAGUGGGCAUCACUGGUGCGCUUGGUCAGCCCCAUCCAGGGCAGCACGCUGGAUCUGGUCCAGCUGGAGCAGAACGAGGCCGCCUUCAGCGUGGCUGUGUGCCGUUUUGGAGGUGACGACUGGUACGUGCUGGUGGGCGUGGCCAGAGACAUGAUCCUCAACCCGCGCUCGGUGGCCGGAGGCUACAUCUACACCUACCGCCUGGCAGGGGGUGGGGAGAAGCUGGAGUUUGUGCACAAGACCGCGGUGGAGGACGUACCCCUGGCCAUCUCCCCCUUCCAGGGCAGGGUGCUGGUAGGCGUGGGCAAACUCUUGCGUGUCUACGACCUGGGCAAAAAGAAACUGCUGCGCAAGUGUGAAAACAAGCACGUUCCUAACAUGGUGACGGGCAUCUACACCAUCGGCCAGCGUGUGGUCGUGUCUGACAUCCAGGAGAGUCUGUUCUGGGUGCGCUACAAGCGCAACGAGAACCAGCUCAUCAUUUUCGCAGAUGACACACACCCACGCUGGGUCACUACCGCCUGUCUCCUUGACUACGACACCAUGGCUACGGCCGACAAGUUUGGCAACAUCAGCAUUGUGCGUCUACCACCGAAUACCAGCGAUGAUGUGGAUGAGGACCCCACUGGAAACAAAGCAUUGUGGGACAGAGGCCUGCUGAACGGAGCUUCCCAGAAGGCUGAGGUGAUCGUGAACUACCAUGUAGGAGAGACGGUGCUGUCCCUACAGAAGACCACCCUUAUCCCUGGAGGCUCCGAGUCCCUCGUCUACACCACUCUGUCGGGAGGGAUCGGCAUCCUGGUUCCCUUCACCUCCCAUGAGGACCACGACUUCUUCCAGCACCUGGAGAUGCACAUGCGUUCCGAGUUCCCUCCGCUCUGCGGCAGAGACCACCUCAGCUUUCGCUCCUAUUACUUCCCUGUGAAAAAUGUGAUUGAUGGAGAUCUGUGUGAGCAGUUUAACUCCAUGGAUCCCCAUAAACAGAAGAGCGUUGCUGAAGAGUUGGACCGCACACCACCAGAGGUGUCUAAGAAAUUGGAGGACAUCCGCACACGCUAUGCUUUUUAAAAUUCCAAUGUGUGUGCGUGCGUUACAGCCAAGCGGUUUUUUUAAACCCACUCUGGUCAGUGUGCGUCUUCUGUGGCCUCGCUUCCUGCCACAAAUAUGGGUCUUUGAUGAGCACUACAGGAAGACUUUUCACCGAAGGGAUCAUCUGGAAAGUGUCACUGUGGUCAGUGACCCUGUUGCCCAGCCUUGGACUUUGUAGUAAAGCUGAACUUAUUCUACAUUCAACUCCUUGCUAAAUGUAAUACCCUUCAGUAGUACUGAAGGAACAAACAAAAAUCUUUCAUGGGACUUUAACUGAUCUUUAUAGCCUGAAAGAAGAGUGUAUGAGUUUAUACAAGGUGAACACAUCUGGUAGUACUUGCUGUAUCACAUGGAUGAAAUGGACGCGUGUGUGUUGCAUGUCAUCAUGUGACAAUUUGCAGAUGACUGGUGUAUUUCCUUUUAAGGGUUAAAAAAGCUGUACUUGUUGUUCCAGAAGGUGUUUGAACUUGUAAAAUAUGUGGUUGGUUGACUAGACAGUGCCACAGUGCUCUAGGCCUAAUUUCUGAAAUGCUCACUUUGUAAUGUGGGUAAAGUUUUAAAUUGUUUUGUAAAUAAACCUUUUUUAAAAAUC